UUUAAAAAAAUAUGUUUCGCGCCAAAUUCGUCAAUCUGCUAAAUCUGUCAAAAAGUUAAUUUUCGUUUAUUGUUGUUGUGUGGUUUUUGUUGUGUUUCUGUUUAAAUUUCUGUUGUUUUUUGUAGUAAUAUUAUAUAAAUAUGGAAGACGGAGAUUUUGAUCAACGUCUGAGAGAUUUGCAAAGAGAUUAUUUGGAGUUUUUAGACGAUGAAGAAGACCAAGGAAUUUAUAUGGAGUUAGUUAAGCAAAUGAUAGCGGAUAAGUCUAAACGAUUAGUUGUAAAUGUGAACGAUCUCAGGAGAAAGAAUCCACAAAGAGCUAAGAAUUUGCUUGAGAAUGCUUUUGAAGAACAGAUAGCGUUCCAGCGUGCUCUGAAAGAAUACGUGUCUUCAAUUGAUCCUACAUAUGCUAAAGUCCAAGAAGAGUUUUUUGUUGCCUUCUCUGGAAGCUUUGGAAACAAACAUGUAACGCCAAGAAGUUUAACGUCGAGGUACUUGGGCAACCUAAUAUGUGUGGAAGGUAUAGUAACCAGGGUGUCACUGGUGCGGCCCAAGGUAGUGCGCAGUGUACAUUACUGCCCUGCUACAAAGAAGGUUAUGGAACGGAAGUACACCGACUUGACAUCUUUUGAAGCUUUCCCUACUUCAGCUGUGUAUCCUACAAAGGAUGAUGAAGGAAAUCCCCUGGAAACUGAAUAUGGUUUGUCCCGGUACAAAGACCACCAGACACUCACAGUCCAGGAGAUGCCGGAGAGGGCACCUGCGGGCCAGCUGCCGCGGAGUGUGGACGUGGUCUGCGACGACGAUCUGGUGGAUAAGUGCAAGCCCGGAGACAGGGUGCAGGUCGUUGGGAACUACAGGUGUCUACCCUCUAAACAAGGCAGUUUCACUGCUGGCACUUUCAGAACCAUCCUCAUAGCCAACAACAUAACCCAAAUAAACAAAGACAUGAACUUGAACGUCACGUUGGAAGACAUCAAGCUGUGCAAGCGUCUGGCCAAGAGAGCCACCGUGGACAUGUUCGAGUUGCUGAGCAAGUCGCUGGCACCGUCCAUACACGGGCAUGAGUACAUCAAGAAGGCUAUACUGUGUCUGCUGCUGGGCGGCAUGGAGAAGAUACUGCCUAAUGGCACUAGACUCAGAGGUGACAUCAACGUGCUUCUCAUCGGCGACCCGUCCGUGGCCAAGUCGCAAUUACUCCGCUACGUGCUGCAGACGGCGCCGCGAGCCAUCACCACCACCGGGCGCGGCUCCUCGGGCGUGGGGCUCACCGCCGCCGUCACCACCGACCCGGAGACCGGGGACCGCCGGCUGGAAGCCGGCGCGAUGGUGCUGGCCGACCGCGGCGUGGUGUGCAUCGACGAGUUCGACAAGAUGUCGGACAUCGACCGCACCGCCAUCCACGAGGUCAUGGAGCAGGGCCGCGUCACCAUCGCCAAGGCCGGCGUGCACGCCACGCUCAACGCGCGCUGCAGCGUGCUGGCCGCCGCCAACCCCGUGUACGGCCGGUACGACCAGUACAAGACGCCGAUGGAGAACAUCGGGCUCCAAGACUCUUUGCUGUCGCGUUUCGACCUGCUGUUCGUGAUGCUGGACAUCGCCGACGCCGACCACGACAACAUGAUCUCCGAACACGUGCUCAGGAUGCACAGAUACAGAAACCCUAAGGAGCAAGAUGGCGAAGUUCUACCCAUGGGUUCUUCAGUGGAGAUGUUGUCAACAGAAAACCCCGACACUGAAGAAGUUGAUGAGUCUCGCGAGUCGAUAUACGAGAAAUACGACCCUCUACUCCACGGGAACACCCGCAGCAAGAAAGACCAGAUCCUCAGCAGCAAGUUCAUGCGGAAGUACAUCCACAUCGCGCGCCUCAUGAAGCCCAAGCUCACGAGCGACGCGAGUGACGUCAUCGCUGACGAGUACGCGCGUCUGCGCAGCCAGGACACCAUGGACAGCGACGUGGCCAGGACGCAGCCGGUGACGGCGCGCACGCUGGAGACGCUGAUCCGGCUGGCCACGGCGCACGCCAAGUGCCGGCUCAGCUUCCAGGUCACGCAGGACGACGCGCACGCCGCCAUCGAGCUCGUGCAGUUCGCCUACUUCAAGAAGGCCGCGGGCUCGGACGCCGAGCAGGCCGAGCAGCCGAAGGCCAAGAGGUCGCGAAGGACGGGCGGUGCGGGCGCAAGCGAGGACCCGUACCAGUUCUCGUCAGACGAGGAGGCGGAGCCCGUGCUGCGAGCCGCGCGCGCCUCGCAGCCCGAGCCCGCGCAGCGUUCCACCAGGGCUUCGCAGAAGACCAUCGACUCCAAUAGGUUGAGUCAAUUCAAGACCGCGCUACAACAACUAUUCCGGGACGAGCGCGCCAACUCCUUGCCCCUGGACCGUAUCACGGCGCACGUCAACGAGGCGUACGCGCACGAGACGUUCUCCGAAGGCGAGAUACACGCCGCGCUCGACAAGAUGACUCAAGACAACCAGGUCAUGAUGGCGGACGAUAUUGUUUUCUUGAUCUAAACCGAGAUGUUUUGAGAAUAAUCACGUACAACUCCCAGGUAAUGGGUACUCGGCUGUCGCGUUAUUGUCACUUGAGAUUGUGUGACAUUAAACUAUACUAUGUGCUUGGUAAAUACGAAGCUACGUCUAUUCUCCGAAUUGUGGUAAAUUUAAAAUCUUUCUUAUUGAUUCUGAUAACUAACUUUUAAUUAAUAUAAUAAUAAUAAUAAUCCCGUACCUGUUUCAUUACUGCCGACUACGGUCGAGAUCAAAAUUCUUUUGAAAAAAUAAUAAUAAUAAAUAACUUUAUUAACACACAUUAUGACAAUACAAUGGUUAAAAUAAAACGAAAAAGACAAAUGCAUGUUAACAGGGCGCCCGCUCAGUUUUAGUUGGGACACCUUGUAGGAUGUCCCAACACUGAUUUUCAGCAGGAAGCCCUAUCGGCUACUGCGCAUCCCUACCGGCGAACCUGGUGUUAGAAGAGGAUCACAUUCAGAACUAAAACGUAUGUUAAUGUUUAAUUAUAAUAUCCUCACCGAUUACAUUUCCGCCUUAUAAAUAUGUACAAAAUAAUGUAACGUUGUAUGAAGCAACCACAUAUCUACCACGAAUUCCAUAAUUGGUUAAAGAAAGUUAAGUUUGGUCAAUUAACUUUGCUAUGUGGUAAAUUAAACUCUUGAGCAUAUUGGUAUUUUGUCUCUAUUUUGAAAAUCUUAUAAAAUCACAUGAUUAUGUAAUUCAAUCAAUGUACAGUAGAACGCCGAUUAUCCGGACGCCGAUUAACCGAAUUGCCAAUUAUCCGAAUCGGUCCUAAGUGUAAUAUAAAAAAUUAAAACCAAAUAAUUUUUGUUUUGUUUUGUUGUAACAAGUUGGAACUCGCAGGAGUCUAAAUUAUUUCAACUCAGCGUUAUUGUAGAACUGUAAACAUAGUUAAUAAAGUUUAUUCUAUGUGUGACAAUUCGUUUUUAACACGCUUUUUCUUUAUUAUC